AUGGAUUUAACGAAUAUAAAUAUAGAAUCUAGAGUUCCUUAUGGAGGAAUAACAGACAUAUAAGGCGCUAAAUAAGUAGCUAAGAGUAUUUUCGAAUUGUAUGAUAAAAACGGAAGCGGUGAAAUAACUUCAUCUGAAAUAUUUGGAAUGAUGAAAGAUGCAUAUAAAGAUAUGGGUAAAGGUUUUAAUCCAACUAAAGCUGAUACUGAUACUUAUUUUGAUGUUUUAGAUAAUAAUAAAGACGGGAAAAUAACAUUAUAAGAUUUAGAAGAUUUAGCAAUUAAAUAUUUAGUUGGAAAUAAUCAUCGAAACAUAUGA